CGCCCUCAUCAAGCCCAUGCCCCACCCACUCCGCCGUGCUUUCUUCUGUGUGGAUGCUGUUCGACCUCGUCUCUGUCUCGCUCAUUCUCUGCAAGUGUCCAAGUCAUGGCUUACACGACUGCAGGUGGUACCAAGAAGAAGGUGUGCUACUACUAUGAUGGUGACAUAGGAAAUUAUUAUUACGGCCAAGGACAUCCCAUGAAACCACAUCGUAUGCGGAUGACCCACAAUCUGCUUCUCAACUAUGGACUGUACCGCAAAAUGGAAAUCUAUAGACCACACAAAGCCACAGCAGAGGAGAUGACAAAAUAUCACAGCGACGACUACAUCAAGUUUCUUCGAUCCAUACGGCCAGACAACAUGUCUGAGUUCAGCAAGCAAAUGCAGCGCUUCAAUGUAGGAGAAGACUGUCCUGUGUUUGAUGGCUUGUUUGAGUUCUGCCAACUCUCUGCUGGAGGCUCUGCAGCUGGUUCAGUGAAACUGAACAGACAGCAGACUGACAUUGCAGUGAACUGGGCGGGGGGACUUCACCAUGCAAAGAAGUCUGAAGCCUCUGGCUUCUGCUAUGUCAAUGACAUUGUGUUGGCCAUCUUGGAACUGCUAAAGUACCACCAGAGAGUGUUGUAUAUUGAUAUAGACAUCCAUCAUGGGGAUGGAGUGGAGGAGGCCUUCUACACCACUGACAGAGUCAUGACUGUGUCCUUCCAUAAGUAUGGAGAGUACUUCCCCGGAACCGGAGAUCUGAGGGAUAUUGGAGCUGGAAAAGGCAAAUAUUACGCUGUCAACUUCCCUCUGCGAGACGGCAUUGAUGAUGAGUCAUAUGAGCAGAUCUUCAAGCCUGUGAUGGCCAAGGUGAUGGAGAUGUACCAACCUAGUGCGGUUGUUCUUCAGUGUGGAGCAGACUCCCUCUCCGGCGAUCGCCUUGGUUGCUUUAAUCUCACCAUACGGGGCCACGCCAAAUGUGUUGAGUACAUGAAGUCCUUCAACCUUCCGCUGCUGAUGCUGGGUGGAGGAGGUUAUACCAUCCGAAACGUUGCCCGCUGCUGGACCUAUGAGACAGCUGUGGCUCUGGACACGGAAAUCCCUGAUGAGCUUCCAUACAAUGACUACUUCGAGUACUUUGGGCCUGACUUCAAGCUGCACAUUAGCCCUUCCAACAUGACCAACCAGAACACACAGGAGUACAUGGAUAAGAUCAAGCAGCGACUGUUUGAGAACCUGCGGAUGCUACCUCAUGCUCCUGGAGUUCAGAUGCAGGCCAUUCCAGAGGACGCUGUCCCAGAUGACACUGUGGACGAGGACACUGAGGAUCCCGAUAAGCGUCUGUCCAUCCGCGCCACAGAUAAGAGGAUAGCCUGUGAUGAAGAGUUCUCUGACUCUGAGGAUGAGGGGGAGGGUGGCAGAAGGAACACAGCCAAUCACAAGAAGGGAGCGAAACGUCCCAGAGUGGAUGAGGACAAGAAGGAAGGAGAUGACAAGAAAAGUGUGAUAAAAGAGGAAGAGAAAACAAAGGACAGUGGUGCUGACAAGGCGGAUUCAAAAAGUGUGAAGACUGAGCAGACCAGCAGUGCCUGAAACCUUCCAGGGUCCAGACGCAUUCUAUUUAUUACCCAUCUUAGUUUUCUACCUGUAAACCUCUUGUGAGUUGCAAGUGUUUGACUGUGGCGCAUCAGUGGAUCUGUUGAAUCCACGACUUGAACUAGCUGCACUCUGUCCUUCAAUACACGUUUGAUUCCAAUGUGCUCGAUCUUCUGAAGGAACCAUUUGAUGGGUUUUUUGUUAGGAAACUGUGGGUGACCCUACAAAAAUGUCAUGUUUACAUUUUGAUAUUUUACAAUUACCAAUAAAAUCUUUAAUGCCUUUCUA